AUGGCUGAGCACCGUACGGUAACAACUCAAGGCAAAUUUAAUUGUUAUUCUUGGCUGCCGAUGUCCGAAUUGACGCGUGAUAGUGUCAUCGCCGUCAUAACUGACUAUGAUGAGCAUCACUUACAUCACCCACAUCGAGACCCACCAAAGCAUAUCUUCAAGUCAAAGUGUCCUCAUGAGUUUCAUAUGCGCAGAAAAGAAACCACGGAAACUACCAAUGUGGGAAAGAGAAGGGUUGUGGACGCGGACGAGCUGAUUGUCGAACUGAGUGACUCGGUGCGGACUAUGUAUGCCGGAUGGAGCAUGAAAUGGGAGUUUCAAACUGCUACCGGCAGAAAUCGCGGAAGCGCUGUUCAGGUCAUCCAACAGGGUAUGACCACUUUACACGGCGAGCCACUCGAUUUGAAGACUCUCACUGUGGGAAAACCGAUGGUCGUAAGGAAAUUGCUCGAAGAAGCAGUUGAUACUACGCUUUACUUCCAAAUAGUAUGGACUCGUGAAGACCCAGGAUCAGGGUUGAUUGCUCUGAGGAGAUUGAUGGCUCAAACGCGCGCCAAAAUGGUUGAAGCUUUUAAAUCCCCCUCGAUUGAUAUCACUCGUUUGGUUUUUGAUUCAAAACGUAGCGGAACUCCUAAGCAUUUGUAUGUCUAUAGUAACGUACUCAGACAGUUUGAAUACUUUGAAAAAUGCCACUCCCCAGAAUAUUCUGAGACUCAACAUUUGGAUAGGUCGGCAGACCAUGAUGAGAGGACAUACUGUGGCGAUUCCGACGAGGAAUGGGAUCUUGAUUCAGAAGAGGAUUUCGAACCCGAAAAGAACACUGCAUUCAAAGCAACUAUUCAUGUGAAAGACGUCUCUCGACGAACAUAUCGAGCAUUUAUCGACUAUGCGAUAUGCGGAGCUCUGCAUUUCGCACCCCUUCUGUCCGCGUACGGACAAUACUACCAAGAGACUUCCCUUACAGCUGCAAAAACUGGGAAAAAGAAGCAACCAACUUCUUGGCCUGUUUGGGCUAAAGCUCACUCCACUACUCAUACCGAUGUAACAGGUUGCAAAACUUUCACAAGCCCAAAGAGUUUAUACCGUCUAGCCGAUAUGUUGAUUAUUCCCGAAUUGAAAGAGAUCUGCCACAAACAAAUCAUCGAGUCCCUUGAAAAGAGUACUGUGAUAGCUGAAUUACAAAGUCCAUUGUUUGAGCAACAUCGUGAACUUCGUUUGGCAGCCUAUAAAUCGAUGCAAAAGAAUUGGCGCACAUUCUCAGGUUCUGAACUUGUUCCUCUUUUUACAUGUUUACCAGAGGAAGAAGCGGUCAUUGUUGUUAAUUACUUACUUAAAGAACCUUGA